CUGGGCUGGCGAGUGGCCGCCGCCGUGACCUGGUCCGUGCUGCUGCUGCCCCUCUGCACCGCGGCCUUCAUCGUGCUCAGCGGCCUCGACCCGUUCCACCCGGUGCGCUGGAUCUCCAAGUCUUUCAGUGAUUUGUAUACUUCUUAUGUCAUCUUUUGUAUCUUCCUGAUGUCUGUGGUGAUAAUAGUAAUAAGCAUCUUCAACGUUGAAUUUUAUGCAGUGGUGCCAUCGAUACCAUGCUCUCGAUUGGCACUGAUAGGAAAAAUUAUUCACCCUCAGCAAGUGAUCCAUUCCUUUGUCCAUGCUAUCAUGGGAAUGCUGGUUGCUUGGUGUGCUACAGUCAUGACAAAAGGGAGGUUCCAGUUUCUUGCUGUGUCCUGCACACCUUCAGAAAGCCUAGAAGAUGCUGUUCCUCAGAUGUGCCUAAAUGAGUAUCACCUCUUCUUUCUGCUUUCUGGAGCUUUCUUGGGAUACAGCUACAGCCUUUUCUUUCUUAUUAACAACAUGAAUUAUUUGCCAUUUCCAAUCAUACAGCAAUACAAGUAUUUACGUUUCAGAAGAUCUUUGCCUCUCCUGAUAAAACACAGUUGUGUGGAAUCACUGUAUUUUGUUAGAAACUUCUGUGUCACGUAUUACUUUUUUGGUUACAUCCCAAAGGUUUGGAUAUGUACCACGAUGGGCCUUCAUACAGACAGUAAAUUACAUCCUCUGGACACUCUGAGUGGCUUAUUGGAUCUCUCCUUGUUUUACCAUACCUGGCUGAGUGGUGUGUUCCUCCUGAUGACCUGGUACAUUGCUUGGCUGCUCUUCAAAAUCUAUGCCACAGAGAGCCAUCAUUUUCCCAUUCAACCAACAUUUGCUCAGGAGACAGACCAGUGCCUGCCUAAAAUCUUGAACAGCAAUCCUCCCCUCCUUAUAAAGUUUUUAGCCUUACAAGACUUGAUGUUACUUUCCCAGUAUUCUCCUGUUCGACGACAGGAAGUCUUCAGCCUCAGUCAGCCAGGUGGGCACCCACACAACUGGACUGCAAUAUCCCGGGAGUGCUUGAGUCUCCUCAGUGACCUGACCCAGAGGCUGAUUGCACAGCAGGAAGCAGCAGCAGCAAAUGGGAGAGCAAAGCCACCAGUGGGAGAGCUGAAAGUGCCUCCUCAGACUCCAGGAGCUGCUGGGAUAGAAGACACGUCAUUCCAGUCACAGAGGUCCAACAUUGUUCUCAGAGCCUCCAUGUCUCCCCUGGUUAAACCACCCCUGAUGCCUGUGAAGACGUCUCCUGGCUCUGAUGUUGGUUCACCUUUCAGCUCUCCUGCUUUAAGUUACAAGAUGGGAGCUGUGGAUGUAAAGUCUCCUUGGCAUGGAACAGUCCAAAGUCCCCAUGUCACGAGGAGGGGACCAAAGCUGUGGACAUCGGUUUCAGAUCAGCAAAUGAAUGGUUCCCACCAUGAACCCUCCCCAGUGCUCUCUGCUGCAAGAACUGGGAGUGAGGCAGUGCAGCCAAAAUUUAUUUAUACAUGGCUUCAGAACAAGCAAGAACAGAUAAAAAACUUCUUGUCCAAACGUGCAUUGAUAAUGUAUUUCUUCAGCAAGCACCCAGAAGCCUCCAUCCAGGCUGUUUUCUGUGAUGCCCAAAUGCACAUCUGGGCUUUGGAAGGUCUGUCUCACUUGGUAGCAGCCUCCUUCACUGAAGAUCAGUUUGGAGUUGUCCAAACUACACUGCCAGCUAUCCUGAACACGCUACUGACUCUUCAGGAGGUCGUAGACAGACAUUUCAAACUGCCACAUGUUUCUAGCAAACCUCCCCGGAUUUCAGGGAGCUUGGUGGACACAUCCUACAAAACACUAAGAUUUGCACUUAGAGCCUCUCUGAAAACAGCUCUCUACAGGAUAACUACUGUCUUUGGAGAACACUUGAAUGCUGUACAAGUGUCUACAGAACAUAAGAAAAGACUUCAGCAAUUCUUGGACUACAAAGAAUAAAUUUUGAUGCAGCUAUGGUUGGUUUUUUCAAGACUUGCUAAGAAGAAAGUGGGACUAAUGAGGCUUUUUACAUUGGCUUUUUGGAAAAGCAUAUGGAAGUAUAAGUUGCAGAACAAAACUUUUAGAACUGUAGAAGAGUUCUGAUGGCUUUAGAUCAUUUUUUGUAUAAUAAAACUUGUAAAAUUCA